UUGGCGACAACAUGUUUCAACGACCGAUUGUGGGCACAAUUAUCUGCUUCGUUGCAUUACGACUGGCAUUGGCAAUCGAAACCGAUGCGACCACACUCCCAACCCCAGUUGCUGCUUGUGGAUCGCAAUGCCUUUUCAACUAUUUGGUUAACGGUUCUACGCUGGUGCUAGACAUAAUGAAUAAUCCACCGGAUAAGUGGCUUCUACAGGUACAGAACCUUAGCACUUACUUCAAUACGAUUACAAAUUGUGUGAAAAUUGCAAACUUUGACCAAUUUCUGAUGAAUCUGAUGAGUGAGGGUAUCGCUUUUCAAGAUGUUUUAUGCGAACUGGACCUGUUGGUAGUAGCUGAGUGUAUUAGCAAACAUUUGUUCCUGAAUUGUCCAGUGUUUGACAAAAGUGAACAAUGCCAGGCUGUGAAAGCCUUUUUGAAUUCGAAUUGCUUGUAUAGCCAAUUAUUUACGUAG